UCAAAACAGAUAUUGAGACAACUGGAGGGAAAAUCCCAACGCUCCUGAGAAAAAGGAAAAGGAAAAAAAAUGCAAAUGCUCAGAAGGCGUCUCAGGUUAAUCUCUUCUUCAGAUGAAGAAGAAGAAGAAGAACAGCAGCAAGCACCUGCUGCGAGUCACGAAGCUGUUACUCCAGUCUCUGCUAACCCUAACACCGCUGAGCCUCUCCCAGUUGACAUCUCCGAUGAUGAUUUCGUCGACGUCUCCGAAAAUUUCUCGACACCGUCUCCUCCACCUGCGCAAACUUCCGGCCAGUCCUUCCAGUCGUCGUCCUUCGAGCGGCCUAGUUCCGGCUCUAUCUCCGGCGAAAGCUCCAAUCCGAUCGGCGACUUUCUUCGGGGGCUUGGGCUGUGUUUGCGGAGAGAAUGGUUGGAUUCUUGCAUUCGCGGUCUCGAAAUUUCUGUUCCUGGCUUUGCGAGUUUGGAUGUGGCUGGAAAAGCGAAGCUCUGUUUCGAGCAGUUUCUGUGUUCUGACAUGAAUUACUCUGGUGCUGGUGUUCUUCCCCAAAAUGUUGAUUCGAUGCAUCUUGUUGAUCUCGCAGGGCCAUUUGUGUUGCAGGUAGAUGAGAUAGUUAAUAUCAGUGCUCCUCUUCGAGGCAGGUAUCAAAAUGCAGCUUCUGGUAUUAAAAGGUGCCUCAAAUUGUCCAUGACCGAUGGUGUUCAGCGUGUGUUUGGCAUGGAGUACAGACCUAUCAAAGAUCUUGAAGUUUUGGCUCCUGCUGGAUUGAAGAUUGCCAUCUGUAAUGUAAAUAUACGACAUGGACUUUUCAUGUUGGUGCCUGAGGUUUUUGAGAUUCUAGGAGGAUCGGUUGAGGAGUUGGAAGCAGCACGACAAAGGCUGGUUCAUGAAGUAAAUAAACCACCUAGAGGGAAAAGAACAAAGAAUGGUGUCGUUCCUCCUUUAGCAACUAGAGCUACUCUUGCAGCAUGGCCGUCAAGUGGUGUUGGUGUUUUUGGGCGCACAAAUAGUUCCACAUCCCAAGGUGCUACUCCAUUUCAGGCGCAUGAUCAUGGUGCUACUUCAGUUGCUCCUGGCAUUGGUGUCAAUGAAAGGUCUACAGAAGAGUUCAAUGUUGCUGUUAGGAGGGAAAAUGCCGUGCCUAAUCCAUCAUCUAACAAUGUUAUGGUUGUUGAAGAGGUCGAUAUGGUUACUGAUUCCAUUGCUUCAGCGGCAGUCAGCAAUGAUACUGGUGAAAGGAUGAGGGAAGAGCAUACCGUUCCUGUUUGCAGGGACAAUGCUGUGCCUAACCUGUCCUCUAAUGCUGUUUCAGAUGCUGAUGAGGUCCAUAUGGUUGCUGUUCCCAUAACUGGGGAAAAUGAUGUACCUAACUCAUCCCAUAAUGCUGUUUCUGAUGUGGAGGAGAUCCCUAUGGUUGAUGAGGCUGACCACCCACUGAUACUAAAUGGAGAGAGAGAGAUCCCUUUCACUUACUUAGCUAGUUUGUCGGCCAAGUGGGCUGGAAGGAAGGAGAAAGCACCUUUUGUUCAGGGAAAAAUUAAGUGCUUCUUGACUGGUGUAAAGGGAUUCCAAUAUAAGCAAAGGACUACAUUUGAUCUUCGGGUUUAUGUUGAUGAUGGUAGCCUCAUCUCUGAGAUCCUUAUUGAUCACAAUGUUGCACAGCAAGGAAUAGGUUAUUCUCCUAAGGAGGUCACUGCUGCUCUUGCUUCUUCAGACGUGAAAAUAGUUAGUGGCAUGAAGGACACCCUGAAACAGUUCCAAAUUUUCUUAGCGAAUUUUGAGGGUACAAUGGUUGUAGAGAUAAAUGAAACCUCUCCUCUUCCAAUUGCCCUUGAGAUGGUGCAGGGCUGUCCAGCAUCUGAUGCAUGGUUGCUUCUGAGAAGACUGAAGUCCUUCACUUCUAUUCAAGCACCACGGAAUUCCCCCUUGGAGCCCAUUGAUCUAUCCCCUUGAUGAACUCAAUCCAUGCAUUUGAGUAACAGGAUUUUUCUUUGGGAUGACUCUUGAGAUGCAUAGUUCAUAACCCAGUUCCGAAAACAAGCUGCAAGGGCAUUGAACUUGUUUGAUGAAAAAUGCUCACUAGAUUGCCUGGUUGCUUAAGCUAUUGUCUCGGUUGAUUCUUUGCAUAUAUAAACACUGCUACGAGAGGGUGAAUUUUGAAGGGAGCUUGCAUGUCAUGACAUUCCUUUAAUUUUCUUGGAGUAUUUAUUGAUUGGUUCUAGUCGGAAUUCAGGUCCAAAAACAAUUGGUAGACUCAUUCAAAUUUUGAGAUCAAUUCGGAGCAGUUCACCUAAUGCAGUUUGGUUGGCAUAUGGAGGAGAACAAGACACAUUGUUUACUCUGAAAAUGUGCCCUUGAGGCCUAGCUCAAACAGUAAAGAGAUGGGGAGCAUUUGUGGGAGAUUCCAGGUUCAAGUUGCAAUGGGGGCAAAAUUUACCUAUUAAAAAAAAAAAAUGUUUACUCUGAAAAUGUGAAUCAAUCGGAUAUCAGUGGGGAGACCAUCCAUGAGAUUGCCAAGGAGAAGAAAAGACAAUUUUCUUGUCAUCAACUAAAUAUAGCUGCACCAACCAGGGAGCGCUAUCAAAGGCCCUUUUUUUGUCAAUCUACUAAAGUAAUCUCAACACCCUCAUUUGUUAACCAGGUAUUUUUCAAACUCAACUUGAGUUCAGAUGCUACAUUCCCUGUGUUGUUGUAUACCAAAGAAUUUAACAUCGAGAGUUGUCCUCUGGUAAAGAUCAUAGCAUGAUUCUGUAUGAUUUGCUGAUAGACUGGAUACAAGGCAUGAUUAUGGGCCUAUGCCUUGGAUAAGUAUAAGGAAGUUGAAUAAUUGUUCCCAAUAUGUGAUCUUAUUCUUUCAUAUUAAUAAAUUUCGUUUUAUGUAA